CUCCGUGGUCUCAACGCUACCGACUGCUCACUGCUCACCAGGAGUUGACCCGACAGAGAGAGAUAGAAAGAGAGCAAGCAAGACUCUUUACUCUGCGGAGGCCGCAUAAACCGGACACCGACCAUCGGAGAUUACUCAAAGAAGCAGAAGAAUAUGUCGUGGCAAACUUACGUAGAUGAGCACCUCAUGUGCGAAAUCGAAGGCAAUCAUCUCUCCGCCGCCGCUAUCAUUGGCCAUGACGGUAGCGUUUGGGCCCAGAGUUCCACUUUCCCUCAGUUGAAGCCUGAAGAAAUAACUGGCAUUAUGAAUGACUUUGCUGAACCUGGAUCACUUGCUCCGACUGGGUUGUACCUUGGUGGCACAAAGUAUAUGGUGAUCCAAGGGGAGGCAGGAGCUGUCAUUCGAGGGAAAAAGGGUCCUGGUGGUGUUACCUUGAAGAAGACAAAUCAGGCCUUAAUAAUUGGUAUCUAUGAUGAACCAAUGGCUCCUAGCCAAUGCAACAUGAUUACCGAAAGGCUUGGUGAUUAUCUCAUUGAUCAGGGUCUCUAAUUGCCUUGGUAUGCCAUGUAAUUUGAACAAAUCUUCAUCGCUUCUAUGCAAACAGGGCUGCAUUUACUGACUUACUGUUUGAAUAACGACUGGUUGCAGUGAAAUGAUAUGUCAAAAUAUUAAGCG